AAUAAACAUUCGUCCUACCAAGAGCACUUUGGUGCAUGACUGGAGAACCAACCAACUUUCCCUUGCGCUAUCAAUUAUCAUCUGAGGAUUGCGAGUCUUUAUCUAUUUUUAUUGACUCUGCUGCUCGUGCCGCAAUUGCCGCAAACGGAGAGGCUGUGCAGGCCACCCAAGUUAUCUCUCGACCUUAUCAAUAGUUCUGCCAGCGUGCACUUGCAAUCUGCAAUUGAGGGCACUGACUGCAGUUGCAGACCAUGUCUCUAAUUUUGAAGUCCUUGGCCUCGGCGGCUGUGCGCCCUCGACUUGGUGCUCUCCUCGUCGGCCGCAGCAAUUUCGCAACUAAUAAACCAGCACUCCAAAAGGAACCGAUCACUGUGACCUUCGCCAGAGCCGGCGGUGAAAAGAUAACUGCAAAGGGCAAAGAAGGUGACACUCUUUUGGAUGUUGUGGUGAACAAUGAGGUAGACCUUGACGGCUUCGGUGCUUGUGAAGGAACAUUGACGUGCUCAACCUGCCACCUUAUUCUAAGCAAAGCAGACUACGAUCGGAUACCGAAUAAACCGACGGACGAAGAACUGGACAUGCUCGAUUUGGCUUUUGACCUUACAGACACGUCCAGAUUAGGCUGUCAAAUAACAUUAACUAAAGAGUUGAAUGGACUCGAAGUCAAAGUUCCAUCAACAGUGAAUGACGCACGAAAAUGAUCUCUGCAACGAGGGAGCACAACAGAGAAGCAUUUCAAGAGCCUAAAGUUUAUUUUAAUGUUUAUAAUUAUGAAUGUUAUCUUUUUUACGUGUCCGUGCCUUGCAAAAUCUUAACUUCCUAUCAAUAGAGGUCCAGUUAUGAAGAAGUGAAUUUAAAGCUCGGAGGGCAAGAGCACUCUUUUUGAUCUGCUAUUAAAGUUGAGAAAUGUUGAAAGGCGCUAAUAAAUUGCAAUAUGAGAAUUGUUAUA